GAUCACAGCUGUGCCCACCGUAGUCGAGUCCGUUCGGAGCCGGUACUGUCUCGAAAGCAGCGGCUUCGGCAGCCGCAAGAAAAACUCACUGAGACUAUGGGUUCUACUACGCUGGCGUUUCUUGCUGUUGUGACGCUGCUCUCCGAGACCACGAUUCAUCAGGUGAAAGCUAAGCCUCCUGUUGUCAUAAAUACGUGGGCGUUCCAAGCGGCCACACGUGAAGCAUGGAAAACUCUCCUAAGAGGCGGUAAUUCGCUGGACGCUGUGGAGGAUGGAUGCACUCGGUGCGAGGAAUUGCAAUGCGAUGGCACAGUGGGUUACGGUGGGAGCCCCGACGAGAACGGAGAAACGACUCUCGACGCCAUGAUCAUGUACGGUCCCAACCGCAACGUCGGGGCGGUUGCUCAACUCCGCCGGAUCAAAGAGGCCAUGCGAGUAGCUAGAAAAGUCUUGGACCAUACAGCACACACACUUCUUGUCGGAGACUCGGCAACGAACUUUGCCAAAACAAUGGGAUUCGAGGAAGUGGAUCUCAGCACUAAGAAAUCGAAGGAAGACAAUGCUCUUUGGAAGAACAAUCGAUGUCAACCAAAUUACUGGAUCAAUGUGAGUCCAGACCCGAAGAUUUCCUGCGGACCCUACAGCCCAAUAACGGAAAGCGAGGACCGGCCUCGAUGGGACGCACCUUCGAAUAUAAGCCGCUGGAAUCACGAUACCAUUGGAAUGGUCGCUAUCGACAAGCACGGAAUUAUUUCCGGUGGGACGUCGACCAAUGGAAUGACACAUAAGAUCCCUGGUCGUGUGGGCGAUUCCCCGAUCCCCGGAGCUGGAGCUUACGUCGAUCAGGAAGUGGGCGGUGCAGCUGCUACAGGAGAUGGAGACAUCAUGAUGCGUUUCCUACCGGCAUACCAGGCGGUUGAGUUCAUGCGACAAGGGAUUGUGCCGAUGGAGGCUUGUCGUCAAGCAUUGCACCGCAUCACGAAAAUCGUCCCAACAUUCCAAGGCGGUCUCGUUUGCGUCAAUAUGCAGGGUACGGUCGGUGCUGCAUGCCAUGGUCUACCAACUUUCCCGUACUCGAUGGUUAGCGAUGAAACGGACGGAAAAGUCAAUGUAAAAAAAAUUGAUUGCGAACAGACUGGCUGAUCGGACAGACAGGGAGUCGGGAAUCUCGGUGGGCGAACCGCUUCUCUCCGAAGCCGUUGCCAGCGGUUUCCUCGAUUACUGUGGGAGUCCAGAACGCUCAA